ACCCCGGUGGAGGGUCCAACACUCAGGCUGGGCGGACAAGCAGAAGUCAAGAAGCUGCUGGUUGAUGAUCCUUCGUCAGGUUAUCGUCUCGGUUCUUUGAAGUCAGUUCUGCUCAUCACCGAUGGUCAGUCAAACAUACAAAGGGACUUGACCAUAUUCAUAGUUAAGGAACUCAAGAAUAGAGGUGUAGCGAUUUUCGUGGUUGCUGCGGGAUUUUACAUUAACGGAAUAGACGAAAUGGUCAAGUUAUCCACCAACCAAAAUACGUACUUGUUGAGGGUGGAAACAGUGCGUCAAUUUUAUGAAGUCACCAGGGUUAUUUCACAGAAGGCCUUUCCUGACCAAUAGAAAACUACUCUCGGUAAAUAUAAUCCUCCGUGCAGCCAAGGAAAGUAAGGCGGAGUUUAGAGGCCAACCUUCCCUGAAAGUUACCUAAGCGUUGGUGUUUUUUUCUUUUAAUUUUUAAUUUAUUUGUUUAAUCCGAAUGCGGCCAAAGCACUUUGCAUGAUGAGCUCCAAACAAUUCUAACAUGGUAAAAUUUUAUUUUACCUUUAAAGUAGGUUGGAGGAAACACUUUUUUAGCUUAUUCGUAAAUGUUAGGGUCCGCUGCUGUACGA